GACUAAAAGGCGUCCAUGAAGGUAUUUCUCAAGACGAUGUGGUCACUGCUGUGGAGCACUUUGGAAAAACCAAGUUUGUCAACCUCUAUCGGUCCAAAUCUGAGGCAAUCGCACGUUUCGAGAAAGAAGAAGAUGCUAACAGACUGAAGAUCUUGAAGUUCCUCGAUGUGAAAGGAGGAAAGGCCACUGUUGUCAUAGAAAAGGUGGCUGUGACUAAGAAGCAAAUAAAGCCUCCUCUAAAAAAACCUACCGCAUCCGGUGUCUCCACAAAGACCGGGACCGGUAUGAAGGCUCUUCUACCUACACCCAAUAUUCCUCCACUUAUGUCGCUCUUUCACUCUGGAGCCAAUCAAGAGGCAGCAAGAAAACUUGUCAACCAGAAACCCGGAGCUAAAAACGCAGCGAAAGCGUUAAAGACCGUAAACAAGGCAAAAGUCUUGGUAUCCAUGGCGAAAAAUGUCUCAACCAAGAUGGUUGCUAAAAAUGUCAAAACAGCUAAGCUCCCGGUAAAGGAAGAAGAGAAGACCGACUUGGCCAAGCAAGAAACAUCCUCAGGAUCCAAGUCCACAUCACCAGAAAAUCAAUCUGACACUGGUGACUCCAAAGAAGAACUGGUGCCUGAAAAUGCAGCGACCACUAGCAAAGAAGUCGGGAUGAAAGACGCCGUGGAAGUCGACGAGUCUGCAAACAGGACAGUUAGUGAACCAGCAGAAGCCCCACCAAUUGGAGAAAGGGUCCCGGUUUCCCAGGCAGAAACUCAAGCUGCGACGGAUGUGAGUGUACCCUCAAAAUCUGCAGAUUCAGAGAAUCCGACACAUGUAGAGAGUUUGAAGCUCAACCAUCCCGAGACCAAGGUUCAAGAAUCUUUGGAGGUGCACAAAGAAACAGUCGAGUCUGGUAAAGCGUCACCGCCGACCGUGGUGAAACUGCAGGGGAUUGGAAGUUCUCUCUCUCACAGUGACGUGCUCUCUGCCGUGAAGCACUUUGGAAAAACUAAGUCGGUGAUACUGGUCCGAGCCAGAUUGGAGGCUGUUGUGAUUUUCGAGAAAGAGGAAGACGCUAGGAAACUGAAGAGCGUGAGAAGCCUCAAUGUGAACGGAACCGAAAUCACCGUCAUCACUGAAAAGGACACCGUUUCUAAGGAGGAAAAGCCUCUUCCGCUAAGACCACCUGUCUCUUGCGGUGCAUCCAGUCCUGCAUCCAGCAGUGCAAAGGUUCUUCUCCCUUCACCUUCCACGCCUAAAGCAGGGUUAGAAAAGGCCUCAGCUCAGCAGAAACCCAAACCUCCAGAGGACCAGCUGCCUGCAGGAGAAGCUGCGACAAAAGAACAUGUCGAAGCAACAGCUGCAAAAGAUGCAAGGAAACCUACCGAUUCAACAGCUGAUAUUCAGGCUGAUGGAGAAAAUUCAAAGCCUCAAGAACCCUUGGCGGUGUCAGAGGACACGGCCCAGGCUGCUGUAAAAGUCGUUGAACAUACGGCUCGAGCAAAAGUUGACGGAGCCGAUGACGCAGGUGAACCAAUGGAGCUCGGAGGAUCAGGAGUUAAAUUUGAAGGAAAUUCAGAGCCAGGAUCCUCGGCACAAGGGCCAGAGACCAUGACCGAAGUUUCACAAGUGCAACAGCAGGCUACAGGAUGUAAGAACGACGCUGCUGCUGUGGAGGCGGUGAUGCCAGAUGGAGGGACCGAGACACAAACAACACAGGAAGGUCCUCUGACUGCAGGUGGGUCACAAAUGGAUUCAACGUCAACCAACGAGGCCUCCAAAGCAGUCUGCCAGGUCCCGUCUGUCUCGACUGAGGUAUCCAAACAGCUGUCGGCAGCAGUCGCCGGACUGACUAUCGGCGAGAUGCUAGAGAAACACUUGUUUCCAAAAGACAUCACCGCCUGGCAGCCGUACUGCCUCUCACAAACACUCCCUUAUGGAUACAAACAGUUGCUCGUAAGUGGACUGCCGAUGUACUACCCUGGUUUCUACACAGAGACGGAUGUUGCCAAUCUGCUCCUUCCACUCGGGUUUCAAAAUAAAGAAGACAAACUCUUCGUCAUUCCUCAGGCGCGCAUGGCCUUUGUCACGAUGCCAGCAGUGGAAAAUGUUUUACACUUAACGAGAACCGCUGCGCAGAGUGGCGUUUUCUUCAGAGGGACCAGACUCGUAUUUGAAGUCAUCAACAUACGCUACCCACUGACAGCGGCUCAAUUUUAUACAUAUUUGAAGAAGGUGCUGAAAUGUUCUGUGAGCGAUGAGGCGGAGAGAACCGUUCUCAUCUGGAACAUUUCACAGAGCGGGAUCAGACACCUCAGAGAAGCUCUGAAAGAGUUUGGUCCUGUCACAAACUUCAUGCCCCUCCUCAACAAGCUCUUUGUAGAGUUUGAGUUUGUUGAAGACGCUGAUCGGUUUGGAGGUUGGUACAGUGAAGUGAAACAAACCGCCGGUUCUAAAGUCGUCAGACUGAAAGGACCGAACGUCAACUCUCAGUCGCUACGUCCUGUGCCUGCAGUGACGACACAAGCCGAUGCCUCCAAGACCGAUGGAAAAGUCUCUGCUGGGACUGAGAAACCUGGAACAUCAGAAGCGGCGCUGUCUGCAGUAGAAGCUGAAUCAAAGGAAGGCGUCGCAGAGGUCGCGACCGUGCCCUCCAAAUCUGAAGCUUCAGGAAAACAGCCUGACCUCGGUGACUCAGAAGUCAAACCUGAAGCAUCUGGAGCUGGAGCAGGGCGGCAAGAAAAAUCUGCUGAAAUAACCGAUUCAGAAACAGAAUCGGCGACUCAGAAAUGCCAAAUUCCUGCAGAAGAGCUCGCGGCAACGGAAGCUGACACCGGUAUCGAAGGACCGGGAGUCCUGCUGAAGGACUCUGAAGGAGUGGGUUUGGCUUCCCAAGCAGAAACGGUCUCAACGACGCAGGAACCCAACACUCAAGCGGACAAGCUCGGCGCAAAUGCAGCAGCUUCUGAACAUGUGAGUCGAUCGGAUGAUGCAAAUGAACCGAUGGAGGUCGGGGAACCGGGACGUACGGGACAGACAGGAACGUCUUCAUCGCAGGAGACCGGGACAGGAACUUCAGAAGAGCACCAGCAGGUGGCAGAAGAAGCUGCAGUGGAGGCUGAGACAGGAACAACUCACACAGAGAUGACACAAAUGGAUUCAACAUCGACCAAAGAGGCCUCCGGAGCAUCCGCGCCACCUCUCGGCAAGGACUCAGUGGCCGCCUCGUCUGUGAAAACCAAAGCGGCGGCGGCGGCGGCUGCAGCAUCCAGGUCGUCGUCCUCUGCGGUCAUCUGGCCGACUAUCGGGGAGAUGCUGGACAAGUACCUGUUUCCAAAGAGCAUCCAUACGUUAAUGUUUCCACACGUCACUGCAUUAUCUUACAACCAGCAGCUGCUCAUAUGCGGCCUGCCGACGUAUCACGACGGCUGCUACACGGAGGACGACGUCGCCGACCUGCUCGUUCCGUUUGGAUUCAAAAACAAACAAGAGAAGCUCUACGUCAUUCCUCAGACGCGCAUGGCCUUUGCCACGAUGCCGUCACUGGCCAAUGUGUACGAAAUACUGAAAGAGUAUAAGCAGAAAGGCAUUUACUUCUGGGAGAAGAGACUUACUAUUCACAUCGUACGCCUCCGCUAUCAAAUGAAACUGCACCAGUUUUAUAGAUUUCUGAAGAAGGUGAUGAAGUGUUCUGUGACCGAUGAGGUGGAGAGAACCGUCUUCAUCAGGAACAUUUCACAGAGGGAAAUCAGAGAGCUCAGAGAAGCUCUGAAAGAGUUUGGUGCUGUGAAGAACUUCAUGCCCCUCCUCAACAAGCUCUUUGUAGAGUUUGAGUUUGUUGAAGACGCUGAUCGGUUUGGAGGUUGGUACAGUGAAGUGAAACAAACCGCCGGUCAGGAAGUCAUCAGGCUGAAAACGCAGGGUCCUGUGGCUGCCAUGACGACACAAACAGGAAUAGCCAAGGAUGCUAACCUGACUUUCGGGGAGAUGUUUGAGAAUCACCUGUCGAGAAAAAUAAUCGCCUCCUUCAAGAGUAAAAGCGGGACAUCAACAAAAAUGCUGAUCUCUUGGUUGCCGGCGUACAGCGAGGGCAGCUACACGGAGAACGACCUCAUCGAGCUGCUCACUCCAUUUGGUUAUCAACACAAAGACCACAACAUCUAUGUUGCUCCUCAGGCUAGCUUGGCCUUCGUCCUGAUGCCGACAGCAGGAGACGUGAGCGACAUAAUAAGAGCCUCCAGAAGGGAUCCCAUCAUAUUCAAAGAAUCUGAACUCCGCUUCCAUGCUUUAGACAACACCAUUUCCAUGAGACCGUUCUGGUUUUAUGAAUCCCUGAUGACACGGUUAGAUUAUUGCAUGAACGAGGACAGAGAUGCAGUCAUCUUCAUCAGGGACAUUUCACCCACAGAGACCAGAGAACUCAGAGAGGCUUUGACUAAAAUGGGCUCCAUCAGGAACUUCCUGCCUCUCCUCAACAAGGUAUUUGUAGUGUUCCAGACCGCCUGCAAUGCUGAUUGGCUCGGAGUUUGGUACAGUCUUCUGAGACAAUCCCCAGGCUACAGAAUCCAGAGGCUCAAAAUACCACUCAGCACCAGUUCACCACCUUCUCCAAUGGUUCCUAAGGACUGUCUGCUGGACAGCAAGGAUCUAAUUGAUGGCAUAACCGUCCCGUCAGCAAAAAUUGCCAUUCCACAGUUCAGCCCUUCACCAUUUUGGAUCAGUUUGAGAAACAGUCCCUUUGUGUUCCCAACCAUUUCUCCUUGGUUCAUCAUACCAGAGUACCAAACUGUCAAGGGCUUGUUUGACAUUGAGAAGGCCAGCCGUCGAGGUUCGAUGUGCCCCACAAUCAUGUUGACCGGUUUGCCGGAAGGAAACUACAAACAUGAGGAUGUGGCGAGGCUGGUGUGGCCAUAUUUCCCCAAACAGACCCUUCACUCCCUGUACUACAACGUGACAGUCCUACCGCUGCAGAGGAGGGCGUUUGUGUUCUUCUCUGAUUGGACGACAUGUUCCGACUUCGUAGCAGCUCACGUCGCUAAGCGCGUUUCACUGAAAGGACGCAUCGUCGGCGUCCACUUUGUCUUGCAAAACAUGUAUCCUGAAUCCAGUGAGGAGAUGAUGUACAGAAGCCUGAUGAAGUGGAGCAACGCUGGAGUUCCUGAUCCGACGUCUCUGGAGGAGCGUCUGCUGUGUGUGGAGGUCUCUGAGGUGUCUCUGGACAUCAUCACAUUGGUCAUAGAGAUGGUGGCGUCCAUUGCGACCUUUGUCAACUUCCUGCCACUUGCCAACAGGAUAUGCAUUGAGAUGACCGACUCCAGCGGCGUCACCGAGGUGGUGGAGAAAUACAAGGAUCCCUCCCCCAACUCUUUCACAGCGGACCCUGCUUGGAGUAGAGUGAAAAACUUUGAAUCUUUGGAGAGCCUCAAACAGCGCCUACAAGAUUCUGCUGAGGUUACAAUAAACCUUGAUAAACCAGGCGCCACCGUUGGCAGAGACGAGUCCCCUGAGAUCGACGAGGACAUGCUCAAAGCCAUCACAGUGACAGUGGGUGAAAACAGACUUGUUCAAAAGAGCAGGUCUCAGAGUGCGGAAAGACAGGGUGAGGAUGAUUUUACAGACGAUUUAGUCUCGUCUGACGCCUACCUUUUCGACGAGGAACAAUUCAACGAGGAGGAAUUUGUCACCGUCGACGAGGUUUUCGAUGACGUCGAAGACUUGAGCCCCGAGCCUCGUCGCUACUCCUCGUCCAAGUACUCGUCCAGAGAGAGAGGAGAGAGGCAGAGCUCUGGGGGGUCGUCUUCCCACCAUCGGACCUCGACGAGAUCUUCGAGAGACUACAAGAGCUCGGCCUCGGCCUCGUCGUCCAGGUCGAAUAAAGGCUCGAGAUCUGACCCGAAACACUCAUCUAAACCCACCAAAUCCAGCACCAAAACCUCGUCGUCUGCCAGCGCCAGUAAGGCCUCCUCCCUCCCUCCUCCAGUGUGGACUGAAUCUCCUUCCUCACUUGAUAAGAAAACACAACCGAGCAGUACAAAAUCACCACUCAAAUCAUCAAGCACCAAAAGAGAAAAGAUCGAGGCCUCAGUGGAACCGGUUAGGGAGGGAGCUAAAGACACUGAGAGUGCAGUGGCAAAGUCUGACCACAGGGUGUCAGCAGAAGGCGCUGCUGCAAAAUAUGUCGAGUCAGAGGCAGAAAUAGAAAUGACAAGAGAGAUGCAUCCAGCCCAGCAGGAACAUGGAUCAGAUUUGAACCAAGCCCAGCAUCUGGAGAUUGAUUUAGAUACAAACAAAACCCAGAAGAAGAGCAAAGAGGAUGACACACAUACAGAGGAGGUCGGCAAUUCAUCUGACGGUCAGACAGAUGAGCGGAUGGAAGAGUGUGGUCAAGAUGGAAGCUCUGCACCUCAGCUAACUGGAUCUGAAGGAGGCCAGGUCGUGGACAGAGAUGAAGGGCCUCUCCAGGCGAGGGACAGUGGAGCAGCGAUAAGUCAAGGAGACAGUGGCCCGGUCCAAAGAGACGCUUCCACUUCAAAGCAGGAACCCGAGGAAGGUUCAGGUCCAACAGCGGACCAAUCUGAUGAAAAACCUGCAGUUAAAGACGAAGAAAGUCUUCAAGACCAUCCUCAAGAGAGAGACGACAAACCCAAUCUCAGAGAUCCCGAUACCGAUGGAACUGAUCAAGAGGCCUUUGAAAUAUUGGAUUCCAUUGACGAUCAGACCGACAUGGAAGAAAAACAGAUACCCAAAGAUGACGAUGGACCCGCAGAGGAUGGGGAAGAAGCAUACGAGGUCAUCGAUUCUGUGGGAGAUCCGCCGACGACGACAGAGUCCGAGUCCGAACAGAAGCAACAAAGACCCAGGAGGGGGAGGACCGCGUCGAGAAAAGAUGAUAGACCUUCACGGCGGAGCGGCCCGACAAGCAAAGCAGCGGAGGAAUCUCCCAAGAGACAAGACAGGACGGUUAAAGCACCCGAGACCAGGACAAAGAUGGACAAAAAAGCGGGCACCGAGGAGACGCUAUUUGAAAUAGUAGAUUCCGUUGAAGAGGGAGACGCCGCAUCCAGAGAAAGCUCGGGUAGAAGAAGAAGUACGAGAGGGAAACCCGAAGAGGUCACAUAUGAGAUUUUAGACUCAGUGGAGAACGAACCGGUCGCUGAAGAACCCACAAUCACAACAAGGAGAUCGACCAGGGGAAAGAGGGGAAGAACAGCUGAGGACGCUUCGACGGGGAAAACGAAAGAAGAGGACGCGCCGACGGGAAGGAGGCAAACCGCUCCCAGGGAGAAUACGGCAAAGAAAGACGAGAAAGCUCCUCCAAAAGAGAGCGAGAGAGUCGGCGCCGAAGGAGAUCCAAGAGAGGAGGUCGCCACCUAUGAAGUACUGGACUCUGUGGAGGACGAGGUUCUGAAUGAUCAGCCGGUUACAAGAGGGAAAGGAAAAAGGGGACGACCAAAGAGGCAGGUUAAAGCUGCUUUAAAGAAAGACGGCGCAACUUCAGAGAAGGUGGCCAAAGAAGAAGAGGCGACGUAUCGGAUUCUGGAUUCUGUGGAGGAUGAGUCGGUUGACGAUCAGCCACCGUCAGACCAGUCUGGGAAUAAAAGUAAAGAGAGUGUUUCUAAAAACGCCACCCAGCAAGAUCAGGAUAGAACAUCUCUUGAGGGAUCGACCAAAAAGGAGGCGGAGGAGGAAGAAGAACCGUUGUUCCAGAUCGUGGAUUCUCUGGAGGACGAUCAAGUUCAGGAAGAAAUGGCGCCCACCGAGGUGUGCGAUGGAGCUAAGACAGGAGAGGAAUCUCGUCGAGAAGAAGGUGAAAAAGACGAGGCACAAACCUGCUGCGCCACAGUUUUGGAAGCAUCUGAAGAAUUGGUCGAGAAGGAGGAAAGUCUCCUUCAGAGAGUCGAUGAGUUAGAGGAGGGCAAUGAAGGGUCUGAUACCGGUGAUGCCGCGGCGCUUGAAAGGGAGAAAUCCCCAGAGAAAGAACAGACGCCGAGCACCCUGGUCAGCCUGGACGAAGUCAGCGACGAGGAGGAGGAUUACCCCGACGACAGAGAAGAGGAGGAAGAACUGAGGAGGCGUCAAGCCGUCGCAAAAGAGAAGCGGUUUCCCAAGGAGCAGGACGCGAGGGGCAGAAGGGAAGCGAGGGAGCGACGGAGCCGGAGCGAUGGCAGCAGAGGAGAAGGAGGAGACGAUGGACGACGGAGCAGAAGGGGGAAGGAGGAUGAGAGGGCGGAGGCGGACGCCCGAGAGAUGGUGACUCUGGACGAGGUGGGGGCGGAUGAGGCCAAGGAUGAAACGGCGCCGGAGAGACGAGUGUCGGACGAGGAGGACGCGCGGGCACUCGUCACUCUGGACGAGUUCGUAGACGAGGAGGCGGAGGAAAAGGCGGAGCCAAUCAAAGUGGAGGCCCGCCCCCUCGGCCAGGAGGACGAAUCAGUGGAUGACCUGAACCAAGAGACGUUGGUGACUCUAGAUGAAGCCUGCUGCGACGAAGAGGACAAGCUGCGCGACGAGCAAGCUGAGGAGGCGUUAGGAUCUUCAAAACGCAAACACGAUGACGACACAGAGGAAGGUAUGAACUUUGUGAUCGUAGAUGAGGUGAAGGAUGAGGAGAAAGAGGAAACGUCCACACCCAGGACAAGAGGCCGACCUAAGAAGAGAACCAGACUGACCCCUGUAAGAAAAUCCACCAGAGGGAAAAAUGUGGUUUCACAUGAAGAAGAAAAGGAACCCAGCGAUGACCUGCCUCCCGCCUCACUUGAAGCCUCCUCAUCGAUGGACAAAGAUGCGUCCAAACUGUCAAAUGUUGGCGAGCAGGCAGUCCAGAAGGCAGCAGAGGUGGAAGCUACGACCCAAGCUGACAUCGACACGGCCUCUGCUGACCCGGAGCUGCAGCCGGAGGACAAGACGCUGGAGAAAUGUGCAGAGAUAAGCGAGGAGGAGGAGAGGGAAGAAAAGAGCAGGACGGACAUUAAAGACGCGAGUAAAAAGAGGAGGGACGCGGUCGGACCUGAAGCAAAGAGAUCUCGUUCUCAGUCUCCUUCCGUCCCUGCCGACUUCAAACUGCUGGAAUUCAAACCCAACAACCCCCUCGGUAAAGAGUUUGUGGUCCCCGGUUAUUUUUGUAAGCUGUGCUCGGUUUUCUACAAACACGAGAGCACGGCCAAGGAGCUCCACUGCAGCAGCCAGACGCACUUCAACAACCUGCAGAAACAUUAUCGGGAGCUUCAACAGAAAGCAGGAAGUUCAACACCCAAGUCGUCAGGGCUCCUUUCCUGAGUGAUUACAAAACCCGUCCACUGACUCCCGGUGGUGGCGUUCCUCCUCCUCCCUUCCACAGUUUCGGUGCCUUGCUUUGCUCUAUGGUUGCACACUUUCGUUGCAUCAGUUGCGUUCUGGAAAACGCAAGAAGCACAACCUGAUGUUCUUUAUAUGGUGUAAAGAGUUUCGACCGUUUAAAAGGUGCGACAUGACCUACAUUUUUACAUCCACUGAUUUUUCUUCAAGUAUGAAAGUCACCCGCUUCAACCAAGGGAACAAUCUCAACCAGUAAAUGAGUUUCCAGUAAUGACCCAAAGCCGUCAUUUUCUCAGCCCUAGGUGCAGUCAAGGAUCAAUGUGUAACCCUGACAUCUACUGUUUAAAGUGGGUACUGCAGUCAAAAUUCAAAACAUUAGAGAGAGCUGUCUUCCCCCUGUUCCUCCUCACUACAGUCAAUGGUUGCCAUAUCAUGGACUCUGUAGCUUCAGUGUUUAGCCAGCUCUGCAUCGGUCAUGCCAUAACAGAACUGUAAGGAGUAUAAACGAAAAACGCUUCAUAGACGCUUUCCAGCUCUGACCAGAGAUGCUCUGUUCCAAAUUUGGUGACAAUGACCCAAAGUUUGCUGAGAGUAGUCGGGGGAACUUUCAAAAUGGCAGAAAGACAAAUCUAGAGCCAAAAGCUUAUGGCCUAGUUGGACGGAUUUUCCUGGACUCAAAAUCAAAAAGGCAAAACAUUUGAACUCCAGUGUUCAAAAGUACAAGACAAAAAAACACAAUGACUUUGUUGUAUUUCCACCAAAUGGAAUCACUCCAAAUUUAUCACUUUAGUGUUGUGGUACUUCAUUUUCGGUCUUGAUCUUAAGACCGGCACUUUUUGAAGGUCUCAUCUUGGAAUCGAAAGCAUUUUUACUCAGUCUCAGACCGGGCAGACUGUGGAUUUCAAAUCAAGACCGGUCACUUCCACCACUGACCGGCUGUUUGUCCACGUCAUUACGGUGAUUAGAAGGAAAACGCCCCCUUUUUAUAAAACAACAAAUAACUUAGUUUGAUUUUUUUAUCCCCCAAUUACGGCCGCAACCUUCCCGAUGUCACAGUCUAAAUUAGUGACACGCCCGCUGCACACCAUAUGAUGAUUUCUCUGUGAUAUUGAUGGUCUUGGGUUUUGGAUUUGGUCUUGGUCUUGACUCGGUCUCAAUCCCUAAAUGUCUUGGUCCAGGAGCACUCUGGUCUCGGGUACGUCUUGGUCUCAGUUAGUUUGGUCUUUACUACUCAUUUCAGUCUUCAUCAAUACAUUCACAAAAUGUAAAAUAAUAAUUUGAAGGAGUGUAAAACACAUCUCUGCCAUCAUGUUGUUACUUUCCAUGAAAAGAAGGAUGAGCAGGAAGUAAGGGGCGGGGGCAACAUGAUUACAUUUCAUAAAGUGAGGGGAUUCUGAUGCAGCAUGUAGCACCUUUUGAAAGAGAAAAAACUGUUACUCUGGAAGUGUAAAUGUUUUUAAAGUCUUGUAAAUAAAAUCCUGAAUAUAAUCGUU